AUGCCUGCAACCGGGCGUCCAGUAAAAAAACGAGUGUUAUUCUUCUACGAACAUUCAACGGAUUUUCCUUUACAUCGACAAGGUUUACUUUAUAAUACUGACGGCGGCAUCGACAAAGUACCUGUUCCUGUGGUACCGCAAGUCAACGACCCUGUACAAAUAACUCCUGAAUACGUCUACUCAGAAUUCUGGAUAAGGCCUACAUUUAAUGUCCUCAGCACAGAUCGAGCUCUUUUCGACAUCACAGCCCAACGAAUGUUCGAAUGCCUCGAUGGACAAGGUCGACUAUCCUACUUCAAAGUAUACACUGAACGACAAGGCAUACCAAGCGCCCAACGACGAUUUCCAAACAGCUCAAUACAACGGCUCAUACACCGAGGUCAAGCUCCUCGCGGAGACGUACUUGUCACAAAGCACAGCGCCACAGACCAAUCCCUUGUUGACAUCGAAGUAUGGGACCGGAUUAUCACAAAUGAUAUCAUGCGACAUAACAAACUACCGCACUACAUCGACGUCGCUAUCUUGGAAGUAUGCGGUUUCACUGAAUGGACGAUGUUGAAGCGAGUUUCUCAAUUCCACUACCGAAACAUUUCCACCUUCAUCGAUGCACGUUUUUUGUAUCAGCUGGAGCGCUACGUUGAGCCACCGUUGCUUAUUUUUGCGCCAAAUGAAACACAGGAGGCUUGGUUCUUAUUCGCCGAAUUCAACGACAUGCAGGCAUCCGUAACCGCACUUCCCGUGGUGUUUGAAGACUUUUGUUCUUCGUAUAUGGAAAUAAAAGGACUUAGGAACACUCGCAUUAGGGUGCUGUUCGGGAAGACGAAGUCGGCACUACCUUUGAUUUUGGCCUGCACUGAAACAAUUGGCUACGGCUUUCUGAACUCCAAGGGCCUGUACUUAGGGUACCCACUCGAUGUUCUGAAGAAGGUGUGUGGAGGACGUUGGGCGAUAGUGCAGGAGCUCGCCAUACAUGGUGGGCAAUGGGCGUUGUUACAGAACUUCAAUCCACUGUUCAAGUGCAGUCGGAGGAAUGUCGCUGGAAGAUAG